CUUUCAAGGCAUCCGACUUGAUUAUCACCCCAGCUACGACGUUCAAGGAGAAACCAGACCCCACUGGUCUGGUGUUUGGAACUGUGUUCACUGACAAUAUGCUGACAAUUGAAUGGUCCUUGGCUUCAGGAUGGGAGAAACCCUGUAUCAGGCCUCUAGAGAACCUCUCAAUACAUCCAGCUGCCUCAGCCCUGCAUUAUGCUGUAGAACCAAGAGGACAGAGAGAGGAGAAUCUGGUGUCAUUGCUGUGGCUCAAUGAAUACACACUGUUUGAAGGGAUGAAGGCGUACCGAGGAGUGGAUGGCAAAAUCCGCCUGUUCCGGCCCACCCUCAACAUGGACAGGAUGGCACGGUCAGCACUGAGGACAACCCUGCCAACUUUUGACCAGAAGGAGCUGUUGGAGUGCAUCCGUAAGCUUGUGGAGCUGGAGCAGGAGUGGGUGCCCUACUCAACCUCUGCCAGCCUCUACAUCCGUCCUACCCUCAUUGGAACUGAGCCUUCCCUUGGAGUGAAGAAGCCAACUAAAGCCCUGCUGUAUGUCAUUCUGAGCCCUGUGGGCCCUUACUUUGCAAGUGGAACCUUUAAUCCAAUAUCCUUGUGGGCAGAUCCAAAAUACGUGAGAGCGUGGAAAGGGGGAACAGGAGACUGCAAAGUGGGAGGGAAUUAUGGUUCUGCUAUUUAUGCCCAGCAAGAAGCUCUGGAGUUUGGCUGCCAGCAGGUUUUGUGGCUUUAUGGAGAAGAUCACCAAAUAACUGAAGUUGGAACAAUGAAUCUGUUUCUCUACUGGAUAAAUGAAAAUGGAGAAAAUGAGCUGGCAACGCCACCUUUAGAUGGCAUCAUCCUUCCAGGAGUGACAAGGCAGAGCAUUUUGGAUCUGGCACGCAGCUGGGGAGAAUUCAAAGUGUCUGAGCGAUACAUCACCAUGAGUGACCUGACAGCUGCCUUGGAAAAGAACAGGGUGAAGGAGAUGUUUGGUGCUGGAACAGCUUGCAUUGUAUGUCCCAUCUCUAAAAUUUUAUAUAAGGGCAAGCACUUGGACAUCCCAACCAUGGAGAAUGGGCCUGAGGUAACAACCCGUUUCCUGAAUAAGCUAACUGAUAUCCAGUAUGGAAGAGAAGAGAGCGACUGGGCAAUGCUGGUGUCAUGAAGGUGGCAGAGUCCAGAGCCUCCAGACAGAC